CGUUUAGCAUUCAGUAACCCCCCAACCCUUACCAGUUACCAACCCUCACUCACUCCAACUCUCCAACGGCGCAGCAGCACACCCUCCCUCGUCCCUCCCAUCACCCUCGAGCUGGCCGUUCCUCUCAACGCCGGCAAGCUCAGUCCCUCCCUUUCGUUCAGCCGCCGGACUGCUCCUGACGCCGUCGCCGGUUGGAUCUUCGAAUCUCACUCGGUCCCUCACUCAGCUAACGUCUCAGACUCUCAGUAGUGGAAGCAUAGUCGCCGGGCUCGCCUCCUGCCUCCGUCGCGAAGCUCUGUUCCACCGUCACAAAGCUCUGUUCCACCGUCGCCGGCGCCAUUUCUGUUCCAGCCUCCGUCGCCAGCUCUCGGUUUCCAGCGCCAUCAUCCUUCCUUGCAUUUGAAACUUCAUCUUUGCUGCUCUGUUCUGCUACCUGUGCCGCUAUACUCUGCUUCACUGUAUACCUGACCACUUGAUUCUGGUCAAGGUCAAGCAGCUUCUGCUCUAAAUUCAGAUUCAAGUCUUCAAGCUAGACUCUUGGAUAAUAGCAGCCCCUAUCAACCUUUAGACUCAUCUGCUCACAGCACUGCUCAACAGUUAUCAGGAGGAAGGAAUUCAGCUGGUAAUGUAGCAACAGUGGCUGCUAGUGUUCCACAGCAUCAGUAAUUUGAGCAGGGUUCAAUUUCCAAAACCUUGAUAAUCACACGUUCAGGCCAAAUAUUGUAAUUAACAUUAACAUCUGAAGAACAUAAUCCGUAAAAUAGCACUAGGAAGAAGAGAAGAGAUUUGGAGUGCAGUAGACUAGCAGUAAAAGAGGCUGAAGGGAGAAGCAUAAACCCCAAACCCUAAGAGCGAGUGUGAAUCGGAAGAAAGGAUGACGGUGCAUUCGAUAGUGAUACAGAAGCUGCUGAGCACGAAUGCACAAAUGGGGCGGAGAGUGGCGGCGCAUCACCUGAAGGAGUACACGUAUGGCAUGAGGAACAAGAUGGCAAUCAUAGAUUCGGACAAAACCCUGAUAUGCAUGAGGAGCGCCCUGAACUUCAUGGGGUCCCUUGCAAGCCGCAACGGUCGGUUCAUGUUCAUCAACACCAACCCUCUCUUCGACGACAUCUUCCACCUUAUGACCACCCGCGUUGGCUCCUACUCCCCCUCCACCAACUCCCUCUGGCGCACUGGCGGCUUCCUUACCAACAGCUACAGCCCCAAGAAGUUCCGCUCUCGCAACAAGAAGCUCGUCUUCGGCCCCACCCAGCCCCCCGACUGCAUCUUCAUCCUCGACACCGACUCCAAGUCCUCCGUCAUCAACGAGGCUCACAAUCUUCACAUCCCCGUCGUCGCCAUUGUCGACUCCUCCAUGCCCCUCCAUUCAUUCUCCCGUGUCGCUUAUCCCGUUCCCGCCAAUCCUUCUGUCCAGUUUGUCUACUUGUUCUGCAACCUCCUCACCAAGACCCUCCUUCUUGAGAAAGAGAAGGGCAAGCUCAAAGAAGCAGCAUCUCUCCAAAUUCAAGCAGGUAAGGCUGCGAAGAUCGAUUUGCCAAACCUCGACGUAACUGUCUUCCCCUACGCCACUUUACCUCCCUUGUCUCAAGAUAUGGAAGAAACUAAGAAGCUUUUGGACAAACUUGUUGUUUUGAAGUUCGAUGCUGCCUCACCAAGAGAUAUGGGUUUGGAAGGCCCCAAAUCUGCAGUUGGUAUUUGCAAUGGACUUACAUUUCUGGAUUUAAUAAUUAACCAGAUUCAGACCCUAUACUCCAAGUAUGGAUGCAAGGUUCCAUUGCUUCUUUUGAGCAAAGAUGACACCCAUGACAAUACUCUAAAGGUGUUGGAAAAGUAUCAGGGAUCAACUGUUGAUGUACAGAGGAUUAAACAGGGUGAAGGUGAAGGUGAAGGUCUAGAAUUGGAAUCAUUAACCGGACAUUACAGCAAGGAGGAAGUAGGACAUCCUUUUUAUAACGGUGAUAUAUUUCGUUCGCUGAUGACUAGUGGAACCCUUGAUUUUUUACUGUCACAGGGUAAGGAGUAUAUCCUUUUGAUCAACAAGGAUAAUGUGGCUACCGUCAUUGAUCCAAAUAUACUAAAUCAUUUGGUGACAAAUGAUAUUGAGUGUUGCAUGGAGGUGACACCAAGCAAUUCAUUUCAUUUAAUUUCAACUCCAAUGAAUUUCAAGCUUGGGGAAAUUGCUCAGAACCAAACCAAACAUGAAAAUUUCAAACUAAUAGAUACAACAAACACGUGGGUGAGUUUAAGUGCCAUUAAGAGGCUUGUUGACUCGCAUAAACUGAAGCAAAAGAAGUCCUCAGUUUUGAAGGCUUCUUUGUUUGGAUGCCAGUUCUUCGAUAAAUUGAUUGGUGUCAGUGUACCUGAACCACGUUUUCUUCCCCUGGAUGCAACGUCAGAUUUACUUCUGCUACAGUCAGAUCUUUACACAUGUAAAGAAGGUGUCUUAACUCGUAAUCCAGCUAGGACUAACCCUUUAAAUCCUGUGAUAGAUCUGGGACCUGAAUUUCAAAAGAUUGGUGACUUUCAAAGUCGCUUCAAAUCCAUUCCAAGCAUAGUUGGUUUAGAUAGUUUGACCGUGAGAGGCAAUGUGUGGUUUGGAGCUAAUAUUACUUUCAAGGGGCAAGUGACUAUUACUGCAAAACCUGGCUUGAGACUGGAAAUUCCUGAUGGGGUGGUGAUUGAGAAUAAGGAGGUCAAUGGCCCUGCAGCCAUUCAAGAAUGAAUGGUUUAUCAAAGCUGCUAGGUUUUGUUUUGAGUGAAUACAAGACUAUAGAAGCUUUUAUUUGAACCUUGCUAGCUUUUCUGUUUCCUGGGAACUAAGGUUCAGAAGCAAAUGAGCUUGCAUUUCUCCUUUUGAGCAUCGCAGCAGUGAUGAAAUAACACUAAUUGGUUUGUAUCCUGUAAUUUUUGGGACAAGUCUUGAUCUCAGUCGAAACAAGGAAUAAUAAGUAUAUCAUCAAUUUUUCUGGUUUUUUUUGUCUUGAGACGAUUAAAAUCAUACCGAUAUUCCAUUUUACCAAUGAGUUGCAGCAUACAACCCUAA